GCGGGGGGAGAAAAAUAAAAAUCAGUUGUAGAUAGAGAGAGGCCUGGUAUUCGUAUACACUUCAGAGUUGCAAUCAUAUACUUCACCCCAUUUUUGGUAUCUCUUAAUUAGGAGAACAGAGACCCUCCGAUUGCGAAUCCACGGGUUCAAUAUUUGAUUACGCAAAUCCAACGGUGGUUUAAGGAUGUGCAAUUUUAACUCUAAACAUUUCUUCAGCUGCUUACGUUUUACCUCUAUCUGUGUGACCUUCUCGUCUCUGUUUCUUAACAGGCCGUUGUCUCUCUCCUCCCAUCUCUCUGUCUCCCACUUCAUCUGACUCAAUACCCUCGUUAAUUCUCUUCUUUUAUCGUUUUCUUCACUUAGAUCUUUUUCUCUCUCUCUCUUCUUUGUCUCUCAUAUGUUUUUCUCUCCGAUGAUAACCAGAUCCGUGAGAAAAGUUUUAGCACCGUCCGAUGUGUAGACUUUGACUGGGUGCUGAUUACAUACAGCACGGGAUCAGUAUAGCAAGAUGGGGCAGUGUUACGGCAAGACUAAUCCAACUAACGACAAUGACGCAACAACCACCAUAGUCGCCACCGGAGAUCGCAACCAGACUCCCUCACGACCGGCGACCCCGCGUAACGGAGCCGUCGGCGUGCAGUCAGUGAAGAACACGCCGGCCAGGUCUUCCAACCCGAGCCCCUGGCCAAGCCCUUAUCCGCAUGGCGUUUCAGCUAGUCCACUUCCAGGAGGUGUCUCGCCGUCCCCGGCGAGGGCCUCCACGCCUAGGAGGUUCUUCCGGCGGCCAUUCCCUCCUCCAUCGCCUGCGAAGCACAUAGCUGCUUCGCUGGCUAAGCGUCUCGGUGGUGCGAAGCCCAAGGAAGGCCCAAUUCCUGAGCACGGUGGCACGGAGCCGGAGCAGCAGCAGCAGCAGUCGCUGGACAAGAGCUUCGGUUACGCCAAGAACUUCGGGGCUAAGUACGAGCUGGGAAAGGAGGUAGGAAGAGGACAUUUUGGUCAUACUUGCUCCGCAAGAGUGAAAAAAGGGGAGCUUAAAGAUCAGACUGUCGCUGUGAAGAUCAUAUCGAAAGCCAAGAUGACAACAGCAAUAUCAAUUGAAGAUGUUCGUAGGGAGGUAACAAUAUUGAAAGCACUAUCAGGGCAUAAGCAUCUGGUCAAAUUUUAUGAUGCAUGUGAGGAUGCAAAUAAUGUGUACAUAGUCAUGGAAUUGUGUGAGGGUGGCGAGCUUUUGGACAGAAUUUUAGCAAGAGGAGGAAGGUAUAAUGAGGAAGAUGCAAAAGUAAUAGUUGUGCAAAUCCUGUCAGUGGUGUCAUUUUGUCAUCUUCAAGGCGUUGUACAUCGCGAUUUGAAGCCAGAGAAUUUUCUUUUCACUUCUGGGGGAGAUGAUGCUGAUAUGAAGCUUAUUGAUUUUGGUCUUUCUGACUUUAUUCGGCCAGAUGAAAGACUUAAUGAUAUUGUUGGAAGUGCAUACUAUGUUGCACCUGAAGUCCUGCAUAGAUCUUACAGUCUGGAGGCAGAUAUAUGGAGCAUUGGCAUUAUUUCCUAUAUUUUAUUAUGUGGAAGCCGGCCUUUUUGGGCACGGACAGAAUCAGGAAUUUUUCGUUCAGUGCUGAGAUCUGAUCCCAACUUUGAUGAUAUACCCUGGCCUUCUGUCACUCCAGAGGCCAAGGACUUUGUGAAGAGGCUCCUGAACAAAGAUUACAGGAAAAGAAUGACUGCUGUCCAAGCUCUAAAUCACCCAUGGUUGCGAGAUGAUAACCGCCCUAUACCGCUAGACAUAUUGAUCUAUAAACUAGUAAAGGCCUACCUGCAUGCUACACCUUUCAAACGUGCAGCACUAAAGGCUCUUUCAAAAGCGUUGACUGAGGAUGAACUUGUUUAUCUUAGAGCUCAAUUCAAGCUGUUGGAACCAAAUCGGGAUGGGAGUGUCUCACUUGACAACUUUAGAAUGGCUCUAGCUCGUCAUGCUACUGAUGCCAUGAGAGAGUCGAGGGUUCCUGAACUUCUUACUGCGAUGGAGUCGCUUGCUUAUAGGAAGAUGUAUUUUGAUGAGUUUUGUGCAGCUACAAUCAGCACGUAUCAAUUAGAGGCACUUGAGGGGUGGGAGCAAAUGGCCUCCACAGCUUUUGAGCAUUUUGAACGGGAGGGUAACAGAGUCAUCUCUCUUGAAGAACUGGCACGAGAAUUGAAUGUUGGCCCUUCAGCUUAUUCAUUCAUCAAAGAUUGGAUCAGAAACUCGGAUGGAAAGCUUAGUUUACUUGGCUAUACAAAAUUUUUACAUGGUGUGACCCUUCGUAGCUCAAAUACAAGACAUCAUUAGGUUUUAGGUUUUAGGUUUUAGGUUUUUUACAUAUGGCCUUUUCUUAAAUUUUUUUUUUAUAUUUUUUUUUCCAAAAUUAUAGGAAAAUUGGAGGAUUUUAGGAUUUUUUUUUUUGUUUUUUUGAAAGGGUUGGGGUACAGAAAAAUGUGGAUAAGUGAAUAUAAUAGUAAGUCGGCUGAGAUUGUGGCGAAAUUCCCAAUUUUUUGGAACCUACGGGAGGACUGAGUUACUGCUUCAUUUAUCUGGGAAAAGAAAUGGUCCGACAACAGAUGUUAAAACAGAAAUUGGUUUAAAAAUUAAAUUCAUAUAUAUUGCUACCA